AUGGUGCACGGUGGACGCUCUGAGCUGCUCCUGCUGCUGCUGCUCUGCCGGCUGACGGUCGGCCCGGUGCUGGCUCAGGUCCGCCACCCUCUUCCUGUUCUCUGGAUGAGUCCGGUCGGCUCCGGGCAGGGGGGGGGGAACCUGACGGCCGGACUGGGUGCAGCCGUCACCUUGGCUCUGCAGGACCUGAAGAAACAACCACCGCCCCUGGGAAACUAUGAUCUUCAGCUCCAGCUGCUGGACUCACAGUGCGAUCCUGCGGAAUCGCUUAAAGCUUUGUUCGACGCAAUGUGGGCGGGGCCAAAGUACCUGAUGGUGGUUGGAGGGGUGUGUCCAGAGGUGACGUCACUGAUCGCUCGCUCGCUGCCUGCUCUCAACCUGGUGCAGGUGUCGUUUGCGGCGGCGUCCCCCGGCCUGGCCAACAGGAAGUGGUACGGGAACCUGUUCAGCACGAUGCCGCCCGACCGAGCUGUGAACCAGGCCACGGUCAAACUGCUGCAGCGCCACCACUGGACCAGAGUCGGCAUCGUCACGCAGGAAACAACCAGACUCUCACAGAUGAAGAAGGAUCUGGUGCGACAGCUGCUGAAGGUCAAAGUUCAGCCUGUUUCCACGGAGCCCGUCCAUGAGGACGUCUGCAGCAGCCUGAAGAGCCUGAAGGAUCUCGACGUUCGGAUCAUCAUCGCUCAGUUUGAAGAAGAUUCUGUGUCGGAGGUUUUCUGCUGUGCGUACAGGCUGAACCUGUUUGGGUCUCGUUACCAGUGGAUCGUUGUUGAUGGAGGAACCGGCGGGUGGAGGCCGGGGGGGGAGGUCUCUGGCUGCACGAGCUCCAGCGUCCUGACCGCUGCAGACGGAUCCAUCAGGCUGCAGAUCAGACAGAUCAGCAACAGCAACACACCCGGAGUCUCUGGACGGACGGCUCAGAGCUACCAGGACGCCUACCUCCAUCAGCUGAUCCAGGAGGGGGCCCCGCCCAGCGCCCUCCAUGCCUUCGCCUACGACACCGUGUGGGUGGCGGCCUCCGCUCUGGCUCAGGUGAUGGAGGCCGUGAAGCACCGAGAGAAGUACGGCAGCAGGAACGUGACGGUCAGCGAGGUGGAGGUGCAGAAGAAGCUUCUGGAGGCCGUGAAGAAAACACAGUUUGAAGGCGUCACGGGACCAGUUUUCUUCAGAAACGGAGAAAGACCGACGACCAUCGAACUGAUUCAGUUCCAAGGCAGCAGGGGUGUGUUGGUGGGUGAGUUCAGUUCAGAAACACAACAGCUCCACCUGAGGAACCACCUUCUUAAGUUCAAAGGUGGAGGACCAGCCCGGGAUCAGACCCUGGUGCGUCCGCAGCGCCGUCACGUGAAGCUUCUUCUGUACGCCAUCGUGUCCUCGGCUGCAGCUGUGACCAUCUUCAUCGCCCUGAUACUCCUCGUCUUCAUCAUCUUCCACCGCAAUCACUGGCUGCUGAGGUCCGGCAGCGUGUCCCAGGACCAGCUGCUCCUGCUGGGCGUCCUCCUGUCCUCCUCCUCCGUCCUGGUCUCUGGUCUGGACGGAGCCUCGAUGUCCGACAGGACGUUUCAGAUUCUCUGUUCUGCUGGUGUGUGGACUCUGUGUGUGGGUCACACUGUGUCCUUCACCGGGCUCCUCGUCAGAACAUGGACUCUCUAUUCUCUGGGCCCAGUCGAGCUGAAGCAGCCGAGUCGCUGCAGCCGCCUCCUGCUCGGGACGCUCCUGAUGGACCUGCUGGUUCUGACCUCCUGGCAGAUUCUGGACCCGCUCAGACGGGGGGUGCUGCAGCAUCCCCUAGAGACGGACCCGUCGGACCAGGACGUCCUGGUUCAGCCGUUCUCUGAACACUGCAGCUGCAGCCACAUGGAGCUGUGGCUAACGGCUGUUUACGGAUACAGAGGCCCCCUGCUGGGUCUGGGGUGUUUCCUGGCCUGGAACAUCAGGUCGGUGCAGACGGACCAUCCGGCUGUCAGCGGUCAGCGUCUGGCGCUGAGCAUGUCUGCAGUGACGGUGUUCAGUGGGUCGGGGGUGUUGGGGUCACUGCUGACCUCCCACAAUCCUCCUCUUCACUUCUGUCUGAGCAGCGUGCUCAUCCUCUGCUGUAACAUCUGCAUCCUGAUUGGCCUGUUCGGACCGACGAUCGAACACGUGAGGCUGAGCAGCAGCAGAGCGCCGCCGCCGUGUGAGCUGCAGGUCGAGGCGGCAGAGGAGGAAGAGGAGGAGGAGGAAGAGGAGGAGGAAGAGGAGGAGCAGCUGAGCAGGUUGAACCGAUGGCUGAAGAGUCGAACGGCACAGCUCGAUGCAGAAAUAGAAACCAUCACCAUGCAGCUGUCCUCAGAGUCCGAGGUCCUCCAUCAUGUGACGAGGUCCAACAACGCUGAGCUCAGAUCUGUGAGCUGGAAAACCGAAGCUCGUGGUGACGACAGGAACCCGGAGAAGAAGCUGUCGAGUCCGGAGGACGUCAACGCUCCUGAGCUCGUCCGGCGCCGUGUGUCUGUGCAGCUGCCGAUCCUCCAUCACUCCUACCUGCCCGUCAUCGGGGGCGUUCCCUCCAGCAGCUCCAGUCUGUUCGGCAGCCGGGAGGACAUCGCUCACCAGGACGCCAUCGUGACCACGAUAACAUCCUGUCCCCCGGGCGGCACAUGUUACUGCUGAGCCAAUCAGACGACAGCAGUGACCUGAAGCUGCAGACUGACAACUCAAGACACUUUAUAUUUAUUAUUAUACAUGACUCAUCGAUCUGAUGAUCUCAUUGGUCUUAUGUUCUCAUUGGUGUGAUGUUCUCAUUGGUCUGAUGUUCUCAUUGGUCUGAUGAUGUCAUUGGUCUGAUGAUCUCAUUGGUCUGAUGAUCUCAUUGGUCUUAUGUUCUCAUUGGUUUGAUGUUCUCAUUGGUCUUAUGUUCUCAUUGGUCUGAUGAUGUCAUUGGUCUGAUGAUGUCAUUGGUUUGAUGUUCUCAUUGGUCGGAUGUUCUCAUUGGUCUGAUGUUCUCAUUGAUCUGAUGAUCUCAUUUGUCUGAUGUUCUCAUUGGUUUGAUGUUCUCAUUGGUCUUAUGUUCUCAUUGGUCUGAUGAUGUCAUUGGUCUGAUGAUGUCAUUGGUUUGAUGUUCUCAUU